AUGGAGGUCUUGGGCCAGGCAGGAAGCGUGAUGUCAGCUGCCCUCUGCUUCUCUCUUCUGAAUUUGGUUGGUGCUUUGGUGGACACAGAUGAUGUGCUGACCAAAGAAGAGCAGAUUUAUUUGCUAGACAAAGCAAAAGCAAUAUGUCACAGGGAGAUGAAUGUGCAGCAGGGGAGAGUGAAAGAUGGGAAUUGCUUGCCUGAGUGGGACGGAAUCAUUUGCUGGCCAGAGAGCUUCCCAAACGAACUGGUGGCAGUCCCGUGUCCAGACUACGUCUAUGACUUCAACCACAAUGGUCAUGCCUACCGAUACUGUGAUGUGGAUGGGAACUGGCACUUGGUACCCAACGUGAACAAGACAUGGGCCAAUUACACAGAAUGUGCCAUGUUCUUUGCACCAGAACAACAGAAGAAAGAGAAGGAAGUGUUUGACCGUCUGCACAUCAUAUAUACCGUUGGCUACUCCAUCUCCCUCACCUCCCUUGUGGUUGCCAUGUUCAUCCUUUGCUAUUUCAAGCGACUCCACUGCACUCGGAAUUACAUCCAUCUCCACCUCUUUGCCUCCUUCAUCUGUCGAGCAACGAGCAUCUUUGUGAAGGACGUGGUGCUCUAUUCGAGCCCCCUCCCAGAGGGACCAGAAAAAGUACAUGCCGAAGACUGGAAUGCUGAGGCGCUCAGCCUCUUUUGGGGACCUAGGAAGACCCAGCUGGCAGGCUGCAAGUUGGCUGUAACCAUAUUCCUCUAUUUCUUGGCUACCAACCACUACUGGAUCCUGGUUGAAGGUCUCUACCUCCACAGUUUGAUCUUCAUGGCUUUCCUCUCAAACAAAAGCUACUUGUGGGCCCUCACCCUCAUUGGCUGGGGGGUGCCUGCUGUCUUCGUGUCAAUAUGGGCCAGCGUAAGAGCCUCUCUGGCAGAUACACAGUGCUGGGACCUGAGUGCGGGACACAUGAAAUGGAUCUACCAAACCCCAAUCUUGGCAGCGAUUGUGGUCAAUUUCUUCCUCUUCCUCAACAUUGUGAGAGUCCUUGCCUCCAAACUGUGGGAAACCAAUACAGGAACAUUAGACCCCCGCCAACAGUAUGGGAAGCUUCUGAAAUCCACUCUGGUCCUGAUGCCCCUCUUUGGCGUCCAUUACAUGGUGUUCAUGGCCAUACCUUACACAGAUGUCUCCAGCACUCUCUGGCAGAUUCAGAUGCACUAUGAGAUGUUCUUCAAUUCUUUACAGGGUUUCUUUGUGGCUUUUAUUUACUGCUUUUGCAACGGCGAGGUACAAGCAGAAGUUAAAAAAGCCCGUUUCCGGAGAAACCUGGUACUAGACAUCAAGCAGAAGACCAGAGUGACCAGCACAGGGGGCAGCUGCUAUUACGGUGGGCUUGUGUCCCACGUCACCAACAGCGUGAGUCUGAGUAUGGCUGGCUGGGGGACAGCCUCAGCAACAGCAGUAGCCUUACCUUUGGGUGCCAAGAACUGGCUGCUACACCUUACCCCUGCUGCUACAGUGGAAUACAUGCAUGGUUGCCCUACACUGCCCAGGAGUCCCAGCCAAGAGAUUACACAGAAAGCCUUUGAGGAGAACCUAAAAGCGUUAAGGGGGUCCUUUGAAUCAGAGGGAAGCCACUCCGGUUUCAAAAAAGAGGCAGAGACCAUGUUGUGA